UCUAAUGCAGGAAAGUUUUCAAAACAACGUGCAAGAUUCACGUUUGUUAGGUUAAAGUGCCUUACCGGAUACUGUAGUGCUGUGUAUGUAAGGUAUCGCGAGAUCUGACGCUUCCGGGUGAGAAGAAGCAAUGUCAGCAGUACACAAUCCUGGAUAAAGGACGUGUUAGACUUAUCAGCCAUGUCUACCAGUGCCCAUGUCUCCAAAGUUUGUUCAUUGUACAAAAGGAUUCUCGUGCUCCAUCGGUUCAUGCCGAUACAUUUGAGAGCCCUUGGCGACAACUAUGUGAAAGACGAGUUCAGAAGACACAAGAACGCUUCGCCCGAAGAAGCCAAGAGCUUCAUGAGGGAAUGGGAGAACUACAAAGACACUCUGCAGUCCCAGGUUCUGGAAUCAGUGAAGGAAAAAAACGCUUCUGUGAAAUUCGGGCUCAACAUGCCGGAGGAAAAACUGAAAGACUUCCAAGAUGAACAGAUUGGCCAACUGUAUGAACUCCUGCUUGAAUCCACCAAGCCCAACAGACAGUUUAAUAUUCAGGAGGAGACUAAAUGAAUAGAGGAAUCAAAUUAAUGUACAUAAGAAAAUCAAAUGCAUUUGUUCUGCCUUUGAAAAUGGUGCUCCACACCCUACCUCACAAUAACUUGACUCUUGUUUUAAAUUGUCUCAUGAAUACUGAAGUGUAUGGUUCACUUUGUUAAUGUAUAAUAAAUUUCAAGCUCUUAGGGAAGUGAGUCUAUAGCUAUUGCUUUUUAUAUGGCUAUAUGC